AGGAACUACAGCGAGUGUCUGUCAAUGCCACGUCUCAGACAUGGUGACUUCAGAGACUAUGGAUAUACUCUUCAGAAUAAGAGGAGGCCUUGAUCUGGCUUUUCAACUAGCUACUGCUAAUGAAGUUUUCAUCAGGGAAGCUCUAAAACAUGUGUUGAGUGACCUCUCAAAAAAGCUUUGUUCCGAUGCACUUGUGUUCAGAAUUUGCCACAGCUCGGUGUACAUCUGGCCUAACAGCGAUGUAAACACCAUUUCAGGAGAGCUGACUGAUAGUUCUGCUUGUAAGAACAUAAUGCGCUUUAUUCAAUUUGAGCAGGAAGAAGAUACAAAACGAAAAUUCAUGAAAAAGAAAGACAAAAAGUCAUCAGACAUGCAGCAAGUAGUAAAUAUAGACCUCAUGCUGGAAAUGUCAACCUCUCUGGCAGCUGUAACCCCAGUCAUCGAAAGGGAAAGUGGAGGACACCACUAUGUUAAUAUGACUUUACCAGUCGAUGCAGUUAUAUCUGUUGCACCCGAAGAAGCAUGGGGAAAAGUUCGUAAACUUCUAGUUGAUGCAAUUCUAAAUCAACUAACUGACAUGGAGAAGUGCAUUUUUAAGUACAUGAAAGGAACAUCUAUUGUAGUCCCUGAACCACUGCACUUUUUAUUACCAGGAGAAAAAAGUCUUGUAACCAUUUCCUAUCCAUCAGGAAUCCCAGAUGGGCAGCUGCAGGCCUAUAGGAAGGAGCUACAUGAUCGCUUCAAUCUGCCUCAUAAUAGACCAUAUUUCAGAAGGUCUAAUGCUUAUCACUUUCCAGAUGAACCAUACAAAGAUGGUUACAUUAGAAAUCCACACACUUAUCUCAAUCCACCUAACAUAGAGACUGGUGUGAUCCAACUGGUCCAGGGCAUCUAUGGUUAUCAUCAUUACAUGCAGGAUCGGAUAGAUGACAGUGGCUGGGGCUGUGCUUACCGGUCUCUGCAGACCAUCUGCUCUUGGUUCAAACAUCAGGGCUAUACAGAAAGAGCCAUCCCAACACACAGAGAGAUCCAGCAGGCUCUAGUUGAUGCAGGGGACAAGCCAGCGACAUUUGUUGGAUCUCGACAAUGGAUUGGCUCUAUCGAGGUACAGCUGGUACUAAACCAAUUGAUUGGCGUAACUUCAAAAAUAUUGUUUGUCAGCCAAGGUUCUGAAAUGGCUUCUCAAGGACGGGAACUGGCUAACCAUUUCCGGAGUGAAGGAACUCCAGUAAUGAUCGGAGGUGGCGUUUUGGCCCACACAAUCCUGGGAGUUGCAUGGAAUGAGAUCACAGGGCAGAUAAAAUUUCUGAUUUUAGAUCCACAUUACACCGGUGCUGAAGAUCUGCAGGUUAUUUUGGAGAAGGGCUGGUGUGGAUGGAAAAGUCCAGACUUUUGGAACAAGGAUGCUUACUAUAACUUAUGUCUUCCUCAGCGACCAAGCAUAAUUUAAAGUAUUAAAAGACUAUGGUAUUAUUGUACUAUAACUUUGCUAAUGAAAAGUUUAAUUUCAAAUCAAGUACUGGGUAUAGUU